AUGUGCAGGGUUUCUGGAUAUCGACAAGUUGUCCGCCUGGAGCGCUGGAACGACGAUUUUAGUCCCUGCUUGACCCCAGCAAGGUGCGCAAUCCCAAAAUGUAGAAACAUCCUUCGCGGUGUUUUGUUUCAAUGUCGGCGACAAGACUGCUUGGAGAUACCUCGUCUCAACCACGACGACUACAUCUGCGAGAAAUGCUUCCGUGAGCGGAAACAUCCCCAAGAUCAUCUGGUCAAGGUGUACAAGCACCAUAUCCUUGAUGGAAUAAUUCUGCCGCACAUCAGCCGCAAGCUCUGUCGAUGUAGUGAUGUUGCAUCCUUUGAUACUAACGGCUCAUAUACCGCUCUGUAUCCGAUCGACCCGAACGCAAAGCAUCGCUGGGACAAGGCACAGAAAGUGCCGAAAUGCAGACUUCUCCAGCUCCCCGCGCUGGUCGUUGAUGCCAAACGUCAAGGCCUGGAGACCCCUCUGGAGAACAAGAAGCAGCUCCAGCACCUAACGCAGGAUGCCUUGGCCACAAUCAGAACAAGGUCAUACCCAAGAAAAGCCUCGAGACAUGCGGAUGGGCAGAGGCUUGAGGAACAACCAGAUGCCGAUAUUCCUUUUGUCUCAAAGACCAUCAACUCAAAAUUCCCGUUUGGAAAUACCCAUGUCGCCCUGAUGAUUGGUCCGCUGAUCAUCGAGAAUGGAGUCGAGCACACCAAGGGUGGAGCCCUGAUCAGCAGCAGAUAUCCUCUCAACUACCUGGUCCCACCCGAUUGCGACGAAGAACUUUUUGACUUCCUCACCUUCAGCCGUGACAAGCAGAUCUAUCGGCAGAAAGAUUUCCCUCUGCCCGAGAGGAGACUCAAUGCCUGUAUGAAACAGGUGGUUGGAGGCGUCUUCUCUCGCUGGACCAACGAGGAGCAAGAAGAUGAACUCAUCCAAUGUCUUGUCUCCGAAAGCUUUUUGCCAAACGGAUCCACCAUGCGCAGAUUGAGGCACAUCCACUCCGCUACCGCUCGAUUGAAGGAGAAGAUCAAACCUAUACUGGAAGCACGGAUCACUCAGUACCUAGAGAAGAUAGUUACGCACCUAUUCGAUGUCAAGGUCGAUGUUGAAUGGCACCCCACGAAGAACAGUUGUCAAAGCUUCUGUGACUCAAUACUGCGCCAUGACGAUUUCGGGAGCUUGUUUGGCACACCCGACGCUGCGUGUCCGUACCUGCUAAGCUUCGUGGUCCGGAAAGAAGGGUACGACUAUGCGUUGGUCGAGUCAAAGCACGACGUCCCCAACGGUCUCACGGAAGAAUACCUCUUUGGAUUUCGCAGUGGCCGUCAUGAUGACGCCGACAUCGUCGAUACCCUUCAGGAGUACUGGUAUGAUUGGGGAGCUUUUGGGCAGCAUCUGUAUCGUUUCCAGGACCUCUUCCCGUGGGAUUGUACUGAAGCAUAUCGCAAAGAUCCGACGACCUGUGGCACAUGCGACAUUUCCAAGCAUGUAUGGGCCUUCCCGUUCGACGCAUGGUCAAUGAUCCAUUUGCAUUUGCAGAAGGGUCGCCACUGGUACCCUCCUUCCUCAGAGAGUGGGUAUGCUCGACUGACCGACCAAGAAUGGAUGGACAGCCGCAUCACACUCCUCCUCGCACAAGACGCUCUGGUCAAGGGAGCAGUGGCCAUGUCGCGGACACCGGCCCUGCUGGCGUCUUCAGCAUGGUUCAAGAACUGCCCCGAGCCACAGUUUGACCGUCUUAAACUCGGCGGCAUCCACCGCGCCCAGCCAUACAGCCAUCGCUUCGAGCUCAAUCGCUUCACGCACUUCUAUCUCGCUCCAUGGGCGCCAUUCACACAGCAGCACCGCAUCAAAUGCUACGAGCUUCUCCGCGCGACGCGCAAGCAGCAACGAGAUGUGUCCCAAUACAAAGGUGCCCCGGACCUCGACCCCUUGGGUUUGUCAGCUUUGAUAUGUAGCCUGGGCAAGCUUUACUGGCGUGUCGAUGAACCCGUUGAGAAUCUCGCCUUCAUCACCACGUUGGCCGAGAUCGCAACCGUGGCGGACUUGGAUCAUGGCCUUGGGGCCAUGUUCGCUGCCCCAGAUCCAUCUGCCCACAUCGACGCUUUGACCGCCCUUGCGACAUCAUUAGCGGAUCCGUCUACUCAUAUCGACUCUGUGACCGGCCUUGUGACAUCGUUUCCAGACCCGAGUUCGCUUACGGAUGUGGCUAGCGGACUGGGAGACGCAUUGACGGAUCAUGUUAGCAAUGCCCUGGAUCUGUUUUGA